AUGCCUGGUGACUCCCCACCUCCAACUUCUUUUGAUGAUAUCGAACUCCACAAGGAAAACAUACAGCCUCUCGCUUCGGGACGGUCUGCUAGGGCGCUCGCACAAGUCCUUUCGGCACGUGCUAGCCCUGUUGUUCUCCGUGGAGAGAAUGCUGUGAAACAGGCUGAAUUCGAGCAAGAAUUAAAGACAGCCUCUGAACUGGAUGACCCACUGGAGGUUUGGGUUCGCUACGUCAACUGGACUGUCGAGACAUUUCCUUCCGGUAGUUCUCAUGAAUCCAACCUUGUGCAUCUGCUCGAGCGAGUAACCCGGGAGUUUCUCCACGAGGAUCAGUACAAGAAUGACCCUCGUUACCUCAAACUUUGGAUCCAAUACAUCCAAAACUUUUCCGACACCCCGAGAGAAGCGUUUGCGUACCUUGCUAGGCACGAUGUCGGGCAAAAACUUGCCCUGUUCUACGAGGAAUUCGCUACGCUGUUAGAGAGCAUUGGUAGGAGACACCAGGCUGCUGAGGUUUACCACACGGGGAUCCAACAAAACGCUAGGCCUGUAGAUAGGCUCCUCAGGAAGAACGAUGAGUUCAGACAAAGAUUAGAAACCAACCCAAUUACAGAUGAUGAACCUCACUCGCCUGCACUUGUUGCCACAAGGCCGGCAUUGGCAGUAAAAGCUUUUGGUGGUGGGCUCGGAGGCGGACUAGGAGCACCAGCAGAGCCCCAGCAGCAGCAGCAGCAGCCAGAUCCAGCUCCUGCUAAGAAACCCGCAAAAAUGAAAAUGGCUAUCUACUCCGACGCGGAUGCUGAGCCUUCUUCAAGAGCUGGAACUAAAAAGGUGACCGGCGGUUGGGAUGAGAUUGGCACCAGGGAUCACAGGAAAAAAGAAAAUACCGUGGAGUCACGCCCCUUUGCCGGACAGACCAUGAAGCAGGAAGGUGGAAAGAAGCCGUCGUCACAAGGUGGCAAGCUGGCGGUCUUUAGAGACACUAACUAA